AUGAUGUUACUGACAAGCCAAGAGCGACGCUUGUGCUAUGCCCUUCGAGAUCUUCCCCAUGGGCAUAGAUACCGCUACACGGAGUACGCCAGCCAGUCACUACAGCGAGCACUCUUCAACUCGCUUGUCGCCGAAAAUGACGACUAUCUACGGGCUCUUUUUGGAGGAAAAGUCCCAAAGGCCGGAGAGGACUGGGACCUUCGGAGUGCUCAGGGCAUGGUAGAAGGAUCGGAGUACAGUGAAGCAGCUAGGGGCAAGCCUUGCGGUCAUAUAUUCAAGGCCGGCGAUGCUACUUACCGAUGCAAAACGUGUACCACGGAUGAGACAUGUGUUCUCUGUACCCGCUGCUUCGAAGCUUCGGAGCAUACAGGCCACCUUGUCAGUCAGCACAUAUCCUUGGGCAAUAGCGGCUGCUGUGAUUGCGGGGAUGACGAAGCUUGGAAAAUACCAGUCAAAUGUGCCAUACACACUUCACACACUUCCGCAACGGCGGGAAAACAACGGCAAGCACCAAACCUUCCGGAAGAACUGGUUGAGAGUAUCAAGAUGACCGUCGGCCGAGCUAUGGACUACCUUUGCGAUGUCAUUUCAUGCUCACCGGAGAAUUUGCGGCUUGAGAAGAAAGAAGACAUCAUUAGGCAGGACGAGCGGCAGUCCUACUUGAAUUCGAAAUGGUACGAGGAGUCAGAAGAUCCAGAUCCAGAAUUUGCUUUGCUGCUAUGGAACGACGAGAAGCAUACAAUAGACGAGGUUCAACAACAAGUGGCGAGAGCGUGCAAGGCUACGAAAAGUUUUGGGCUAGAGAAAGCUAUCGAAACUAAUGACAUGGGACGCAGUGUCGUUAACUACUCACGGGAUCUCAAUAGCUUGCUGAAGGUGGCUAAGAUCAUCGAACAAAUCAAGAUCACAGUGACCAUACGAUCCUCCCGGGAUACCUUUCGCGAACAAAUGUGCGGCACCAUCAUUGAGUGGCUGGGAGACAUCGCUGGUUGUAGUGUUGGCGAGGACCACGACAUUCUACGAUAUACUGUUUGCGAGGAGCUGCUCAAGACAUGGCGCACGGGAAGCGUAGCCUUCAAUAAGUGGGUUGGUAUGAGCGGUUUAGACGACCAUGAGAUUGUUGAGUCAGCCUAUCUUAGUGAAGCUGUAGCGUCCUCAGCAGCCCGUCGUGGUGGUGUACUGAUCCCCGGACGAUUCGGAGUACCCCACCUAGACAGCGAUUCCGACGCGCUUACGAAUGACAUGGAGAAUGAUGAUGGAGAUGAGGACGGCGAUAGCCAAAUUAAUGACGAGGACUUGGAGGUGGAGACGGAGCAGAUGGACUUGGAUGUUAUACAAGCUGAAUUGGAUACUGAACACAACGAUACGGAUCAUGACAUGCGCACUCCUGGAGAAAUGGAGGAUGAGACCGAAGUAUCUGAGGCUACUUACGCAGGCUAUCCACCACCUCCGCCUCCACCGCCCGCGCCACCGCAGCAAGUGCUGCUCCGAGAUCCUGUGCGAACUUUCUCCACGGACUCAAACAUAGGAAACGAGCCAAUAUCAACGGGUUCGCUUGUAUCGAUGCCGACGUUCGAGAUUCCACCAACACCUUGGUCAUUGCGGAGGAAAUCACCAAGUCGUCCACCGACUUACUGGCUGGAACAGCCCAAAGCAUAUGCAUCAAAAGAACUUGUACCUUUACAUGAGGACUUGCGCCAACGUGUCCGUUUAGAUUGGUUAUUACUCUUUGAUUUGAGGCUCUGGAAGAAAGCACGAAUUGGUCUUCGAGAUUUGUACAUCAGUACCGUGGUUUCGAUACCCCAAUUCAAACGCAUUUUGGGAUUGCGGUUUGCCGGAUUGUAUACUCUACUUGCGCAACUUUAUCUUAUUGCGGAUCGCGAACCGGACCACUCUAUUGUCAAUCUCUCUCUUCAGAUGCUUACCACACCAUCGAUCGCCGAAGAACUUGUCGAGCGAGCAAAUGUUCUUACGAAUCUCUUCGCUACUCUCUACACAUUUCUCACACACCGCCAGGUGGGUCACCCAUGGGAUGUCGCCAUACACGAGACUUUGGCAUUUGAUGCUGGUUCAGUCGCGAACCGUAGAAUGUACCACUUUUUCGGAGAUUUGAAGCAUUUGUUUGACGUCGAAUCCGUCAAGGAGAAAUUCCGUACUCAAGAAAGAUACGCGUUCCAAUUCCUUGAUCUCAUUAGACUACCCCAGGGCAUUUGCCCAAACGUCAGAGCCGUGGGGGAUCAUGUCGAAUACGAGAAUGAUGUAUGGAUUGGUGCAUCUCUGAUGACAAAGGAGAUUAACAGACUUUGCCGUCAAUUCGCAGAGUCAUUUCGUUGGCGGGACGACGAAGACAAUUCGAAAUUGUCUCGAGUGAUAAGGACUGUUGCGAAAGCCACGAUAAUUAACUCGGUUGGAGGAGAGCGUGUUCGAUUUGACCAGGCUGAGAUCAAGGCGGAAACUCGCUUCAAGACACUUGAACCCUUCUACUUCGAAAACGGUCCAUUUUCCUUUGAUAACAAUGUCAAUGAUUUCGAGAUACGCCACACGGUUGUCGAUUUUGUAGUUGAAGCGGAGCCAAUCAGCUUCCAUCAUGCACUACAUUACACUCUUUCUUGGCUGAUUGAUGUCGGUAAGAAGAAGCCCGAGAAAGAUAUGAGGAGCUUGCUGCAUUUCACCGUCAAAGAGCUGAAGGAACCUCCUCCGUACAAAGCUCUGAUACCCGAUCACGAUCCGGAAAGCUACCUGAUGGCUCUUUUUGACUUCCCGCUCCGAGUUUGUGCGUGGCUGGCGCAAAUGAAAACUAGCAUGUGGGUAAGAAAUGGGUUGAGUCUCCGACACCAAAUGGGCACUUACCGGGGUGUGUCACUUCGAGACUUUGGGCAUCAUCGAGACAUUUUCUUGCUUCAAACGGCCAUGGUCAUCUGCGACCCUAGCAGAGUCCUAGCUUCAAUUAUAGAUCGGUUUGGCAUGGAUGACUGGAUGAGAGGGCACUAUGUCACUCGUCCCGGGUAUGAACCGUCUCAGCAACUCGACGUGUCAGAGGAUUUCAUUCAUCUGCUCAUUGUCUUGUUGAGUGAUCGGACCUCAUUGCAACCAGUGGAAGGAGACAAGAAUGCGCAGGCACUUGCCAUUCGUCGAGACAUCGCACACAUACUUUGUUUCAAGCCUCUAUCCUUUUCUGAUCUCAAUAGUCGGUUAGGGCUCACAGACAGGUCCACAGACCUUGAGGAUUUUAGGGAGAUUCUUGAAGAGAUGACCAAUUAUAGAGCACCCGAGGGUCUAUCAGACUCGGGAUCUUUUGAGCUUAAGCAAGAACACCUUUCAGAUAUUGACCCGUACACUGCGCAUUACACCAAAAACCAGCGCGAUGAGGCUGAACAUGCGUACCGCCUCUGGAUGGCGAAAAGAUCUGGCAAGCCUGAGGCAGAAAUUGUUUUGGAGCCCAAGCUUCGGCCGAUCCACUCCGGAAUCUUCUCAGAUCUCUCCGCUUUCACCAGGACGCCUUUGUUUUCUCAGAUAAUCUACUAUUCACUGGCGCACCAUUCGCAUCCUCAUUUUUCAUCGCAAACACCAAAUACCAGGAUUGAAGCGUAUCUUCAAGUCGUCCUACAUUUGGUACUUGCCGCUGUGCUCGAAGAUGAUACGAGCGAUGAUAACGAACCAGACGUAAUGGGCCAAACUCCAUCGUUCAUCUUUAACGUUCUCCACAAAACCUCAGAGCUAGGUAGUACGAUCUUCGACAUUCUAGUCAAAAUGUUGGAGAGCGACGACAUCAAGGGUUGCCAUCCAAAAAUCCGCCUAGUCUUGCACAGAAUUCAACAGCGUAGAACUCGUCUCUACGAUACUGUCGUAUCGUCGCUUUAUUCAAAAGGAAGAAACCCUCCAGCACUUCCUCUUGACAGACUAGGUUUCGAGUCCCCACGGACCCCUCUAGACGGGGACCAGGAAGCAAGGGAGCGGCAGAGUCGGGAACUCAGAAAACAGCAAGCCCUUGAUAGACAAGCGAGAGUCAUGGCACAGUUCCAGCAACAGCAGCAAAAUUUCUUGAAUAACCAGGAUAUUACAGAAUGGGGCGACGUUGACUCAGACGAACUUGACUCGAUUGUCACUAGUGGUACGGAAGAGCAUAAGAAGAUCUGGAAGUAUCCAACGGGCAAUUGUAUUCUGUGUCAAGAGGAGACGAAUGAUACUCGGCUUUUUGGGACGUUCGCACUACUGGCAAACAGUAACAUCUUUCGUCAAACAGAUAUCCAAGACCCUGAUUUCUUUGGUGAAGCUUUGUCAACUCCCACUGGCCUAGAUCGUGCAGCGGACAGUAUACGACCAUUUGGCGUCGCUAGCCAGAAUCGUAGGAAGGUUGCAAAGCUUACACCCAGCGGUAGUGAGGUCGUGUCGGAGCAUCAAGGCCUUGGCAAAGGUUUCCCACCAUCGUUCGCGUCAAGAGGCCCAGUUUCCGUGGGCUGCGGUCAUAUCAUGCAUUACUCAUGUUUUGAUCUGUACUGCUCUGCAACCCUCCGUCGACAGCAUCAUCAGAUUGCCAGGAACCAUCCAGAACGGGUCGUUCGAAAAGAGUUCGUCUGCCCUCUUUGCAAAGCCCUAGGAAAUACUUUUCUACCUAUAAUAUGGAGGGGGAAAGAAGAAACUUAUCCUGGCGCACUGCAUACGGACACUGCUUUCGACGGUUGGCUGUCUUCAGGGGUUGGCUUGACUGUCUCACGAUUUUACAAACGUGAAGAGAGUCGAUCAGGCAACAAUUGCCACCAGGAGCUUUUCGUCAACUAUACUUCGGAGGCCGUGAUACCUCCACUGGGAAGCAAACUGACGGCCCUUUUCCGAACACCUCUGACUUCUCCUACGACCCCACAGGAAUCUAGUAGAAAUUCGAUGCCGGGACGGUUUCCUCUUGACGAGAACUUAAACCUGUCAAUGGUGUCGCCAAGUCAUCCAGUCUCUACAGACAUUGUACAAAUUGACGAACUGAUCUCCAUCUACAACCGCCUACGAGAGACUAUCAAGGCUAAUGAGCUACCUUCCCGAUUUCCUUAUAGCUCUGACCUGUCGGGUAGAUCUAUAGAAGAUCUGGGGAAUAUCGAUACUUUGGCCACGUCGUUUGGUAAUACCAUUUCAGCUACCGAAAUUGCUCAGAGAGGCGUUCAGUCCCAACACGGAUCUACGCUAUUAGAGAGAAUCCCCCCUUCUAUAAUGACCCACCUUCGAAUCUUGUCAGAGACUACAUCGUCUUAUAUUGCGAUCGGAGGCAUGCGCAACGCCGGCACAAGCACACCAGCGCGCGAAUUUUCGGAGACUACUCGACGUCAACUGUUACAGCUUUUUGUCGGCCACCCUCAAAUCAGUGGCGAUGAGCCACAGAACGUGGUCAAAACUCAGCUGCCAGCUGCGCUCUCGCAAGAUACUUUCGUGUUUCUCGCCGAAUGCUCCGUCUUUUUGGUCCCCGCAUUUGGUUUGGAUAUCCAUCACAUUGUCCGCUUAUGCUAUUCACUUGAGAUCGUCAAGGUGGUACUGCACUUGACAGCAUAUCCAGGUACCUUGGACGAAUUGCGAUUCAGGACCCACACGCCUACUGACGUCAAUAUCUCCCCCGAAGCCCUUCACACAUUUCAGGACUUUUUGAUGCGGAUAUGCCUCCUUUUCACCCCUCCAUGGCCGGUACCGAUGCACAAUCAUGCAGGUGAGACUUCUGUGAUGAACGGCAACCGGACACAAAAAGACUGGGUGGUGUUAUACAAAGCCACUGCCGCUUACGCCCUUACUUUCCUUCGCAAAGUGGCUAUCCUACUAAAUGUGCGAUAUGGUGUAGAUUAUCCCGAUACAGGCCUCGCAGAUGUCGAUGAGCCAGAGCUUGACCGGCUCACGAAAGCCUUGAAUCUGCCGUCUUUGGUGAAUAUGCUUGCUUGCCUAAAGGAUAGUGCCAGCAACGGGCUCUCAAUCCAAGAGUCGAUUAUGGCUGGGUGGGUCCAGCAUUGGCAAUGGCAUGAGGGACAUCAUGCGGCCAUGCGAGGUCACCCCUCGCUUUCGAACGAUCAAAAGCUAUUGAACCAAUCAGCGUACCAGAGUCUAAGAUUAGGGCAUCCAGCCAUCUUCGAGCUAAUUGGCUUGCCGAAGCAAUUCGACACACUUAUUUAUGAGGUGUCUCGACGUCGUUGUCCGACCACCGGCAAAAGAUUGGAAGAUGCAGCUCUGUGUCUCUUUUGUGGCGAUAUCUUCUGCAGCCAAGCUUCAUGCUGUCACAAAUAUGGCAAGGGUGGCUGCAAUCAGCAUAUGCAGAAGUGCGGCGUCGAUACGGGGCUCUUUCUUAAUAUCCGCAAAUGCUGUGUGCUUUACCUUCACAACAGGAACGGUAGCUUUAAUCCUGCGCCUUAUCUUGACAGAUACGGUGAGCCAGAUGCCGGGCUUAGGCGUGGCCGCCAGCUCUUCCUCAAUCAGAAGAGAUACGAUGCGUUGUAUAGAAACGUCUGGUUGCAGCAAGGUAUUCCGACCAUGAUUGCGAGGAAACUGGAGGCGGAUAUCAACAAUGGGGGUUGGGAGACCAUUCCCCUAAAAGACCGGAAAGAAGCGUCGAAUGAACAGCAGACGAGAGCGGAGCCAGCUGUGGAAAGCACAAUUCGAAUCCAUGCAGAUUUCCUGUUCGCUACUAGUGUCAUUGCACCGGGCAAAAUCUUGGUCUGGAGCGUUGGGGGCGAUGACGCUGUUAAAGCAAAGACUGAUAGCAAAGUUUAUGUUUAUCUGCCACGAAUGAAAAGUGGAAGCGCGAAGAUUCGACUAAACGGAGAUGAGUGGCCGCUGUCCGAAAGGGAUGGGACCUUCGUUCCUGACGUGGAUGCGGGAGACAAACGCUUCUUCGAGUCGUUCGGCUGUGAGGAAGCGGAAGUUGCAACAUUGGAUGCAAGCCCAGCUUAG